GUGGAAUAUGACAUCACAGUAGGACCCACAAAGAGCCACAUACACUCCUAUAAACCACACACUCCUAUAAACCACACACACUCAUCAUUUCAGUCAGGUACGAUCUACUACAGAGACUAUCUACUACACUCAACUACAGACUCUACUUGAGAUCGCUACUGAAAGAGCAAUGAACACAAACAUGUCAGGAAACCAGGCUGGACGUUCUGCCCCUCAGCAGGAUCCAAGAGCCAAUGUUGAGCAGCUGUCAAAUGCCCUGCAAGGUGCUCAGAAUGAGAUCCAGCAACUCAACCGGCAGCACGAUAUCAGGACCAAUGAAUGGCAAAAGGAGAGGAUAAAGCUGGGCUACAGGAUCCACAACGGGAAGUACAAGGUGGACCGUCUGGAGGGACUCAUUGACCUCAGACAAAAUGCGUUCGCAGAAGAACUCCAGAGUAGCAUCCAGACCGUCUCCGAACAAGAGUCUGAGAUCUCCGGACUCAAGAUCAGCCUCAGGAUCAAGGAGGAGCAGAUGGAGGCCGCCCAGCGCCUCAACAAGGAGCAGGAGGAGAAGUUGUCUGCUGCACUGCAGGCAGAGAGGCAGAACGUCUCUGAGCUCAGAGACCAGAUGUUUAAGGCGUCUCUAGAGAGCCAGAGGGCUGUGGCCCUGAGCAGAGAGAGCCAGAUGAUGCUGGAGCUUGUGAAACAGCAGCUUCAACAGAGGGACAAAGUCAUCCUGGAUCUCAGAAAGGAGAAGGAGGGUCUCUCUCAGAGACUCAUCCAGACCUCAGACCAGCUGAGGAGGACAAACAACCAAAUCCUCCAAAAGAAUCCUGGGGAGGAGAAACUCAAAGCUCUGAAAGAGCAGUUCUCCAAAGAGAUGGAAGACAAAGAGAAGGAGUGGACCUCCAAAAUCAAUGAGGUCAAGAAGGAGAACAGAGACCUGGAAGAGAAGAACCAGACUCUGACCUCCAGAGUCACAGAGGUGGAGAAGGACAACCAAGAUCUGGUCAAGAAGCAGGACACCCUGAAGACCAGAGUCCUGGAGGUGGAGUCAGAAAACAUCCGACUGUCUGAGCAGGAACGGAUUCUGACCUCCAGAGUCAGAGAGGAGGAGGAGGAGAAGAAAGAACUGAUGCUUCUCAUGACUCUGAAGAAGAGAAACUUCUUCACCAGGAUCUUGAAAAGGGAAACAGGGGAGGAAAAGAUACUGAGGAAAAGGCUGAGAGAGAAAAAGAAGGAGCUGAAGGACCAGAAAAAGGAGGAGGAAAAUAGACAAAGAGAGGAAGCAGAGGAAGAAAAGAGACGUAAGGUAGAGGCAGAGAAGGAGCUGAAGAAACAACAGAAGAGGGAGAAGGAAGAUAUGAAACAAAAAGAGAAGGAUGAGAAGAAAAAACAAGAAGAGACCAGAGAGAAGAAAGGUUUCUGGAGGUUCAGGAGGAAAGGAAACGGGAACAGAAAGGUGGAAGAGGCUGCUGAAGAGCAACAGUAGCUCCCUCUUUCCAUGCUCCUCUUCUCUCUCUCUCGCUCUCUCUGUCACCUUCUUCACCUCCCCAUCAUACCCCGCCACGCCUCGCCACACCAAGUGGUUUUCUCCGGGUCACUCCGGUUUAUCCCACACAAAAUAAAUACAAAAUAAUAAAACAAUUAUAAAUAAAUUCUUGAAAA